AUGACCCAUAGAGAAGGUAUAGGGUCUGAUAGUGAAGAAGAUCAAAAUCAAUUAAUUUUGCAAGAAGUAGCAUCAAUGGAAGAACUUAAGUUAUUAAAACAACAGAUGGCAGAGAUGUACCAACCUUGGUUGAAUGGAAAAGCCCCGCCUUCUUCAAUCCCUGGACUUUCGACUUUGAAUGAUCCAAAUCCUUCUCCAACUCAAACUAGUGAUCCAUUUUACCCACCAGGAUUCGACCCAUUUGCUAAUAUGUCUGGUGUUGCUGGUAAUUCUACCAUGCGCCCACCAAAUCCAGCUGUCAUAAAUAAUCUUCUUUUUACUUCUAUCGCACCAGCUAUUGCGGGUACUCAACCGACAGUACCGAUUAAUAUGGGAGAACCAAGUCAUGAUCUGUUAUAUCCUUCUGAAAUAACUUUCAAAGCUCAAAAUCCACAUUAUCAUGCUUAUCAACACGAUUCUACAAUCAUGAUCGAGAAGAUUUUUAAAAAUGAGGAACAAGAGGAAAUUACUAGGAAAGUAAGAAGAUUGGAGCAGAGGUUCAAAAUGCCAAGGUUUGACAAAUACGAAGGCCAUGGCGAUCCUCUAGCUUAUUUGAAGAAGUUCUGCAAUCAACUAAGGGGAGCAGGAGGAAAAGAAAAAUUAUUGAUGGCUUACUUUGGAGAAAGCUUGACAGGAAUAGCUUCUGAAUGGUUUAUUGACCAAGACAUUUCCCUGUCAGAUCGCACUACACUUGCUAACAUGAGAAAAAAGAUGACUGAAAGUUUUCGAGAAUAUGCUAUCAGAUGGAGAGAGCAGGCUUCAAAAGUCAGACCGCCAAUAAAGGGAUCUAAAAUGAUUAAUAUCUUUCUGCAAGCACAAGAACCCAAUUAUUUCCAUCACUUACUUUCUACUGUUAGAAGCAUAUUUGCUGAAGUUAUUAAAGUUGGAGAGAUGGUAGAGAAUGGAAUAAAGUUAGGAAAAACUAUCAUCCAGGCCACUUUGAAAGCAAUAACACAGGCAAUUCAAAGUGGUGCAGGAAGUUUUGGGGUUAAUAAAAGAAAAAAGGACGUAGCAACUGUCGUGCCAGGUCUACGACAAUAUUGGAGAGGUGCGCGUUAA